AUGUUAUUAAUGGAAGGUAUCACAGUGGUGGAUCUUACUGAGAGUCAGGAUGAACGCAAAGUGCGAGAGGAGGAACAAGAAGAGGUCAAAAUGUUCUAUGAAGUUGAUCUGGAACGGGUGUUUGGCUCUCAAAGUACAGCUCCUGAGCUGAUCACCCGAAUGCGUAAGAAUACAACUGACGCUUACUUGACGGUGUUGGCCGAUCGUGCUUCCUUGUUGGAUGCGUUGACAAGACGAAUCGGAACUGGUCAAGUCAUGGGUAAAGGUCCUGGUGACGAGUAUGCGGCUUUAAUGGGAGCGCAAAACAUUGUCGAUUACACCACAUCAUUUACCAAUAUGGGUUUCACAUUGACAGAAAAUUCAAAGAAUCCGCGUAUUUUGAAGAAUAUUUUUUGCAUGAUGAUGAACAUCAUGUAUGAUGAAAUAAUCCGUCGACUCGUUUAUGGAGGGUCAGAUGCAAGAAGACUCAUGAUUGCUAAUGGAAUUCCCGAAGACAAUUUCAUGAGAAACCUGAACCGAGUUGAGCAAGUAGAACCUAUCCAUGAAGAGAUACAAGACAUGAAGGAAUCCAAGGAAUUCUCCUUUCCCACUGUCGGCAGCGGAUUUUAUUUUGUUGUCAGUGUACUUUACAGAAUGAAUUCUUAA